AUAUUUCAUUUAUCCCGUACACUUUUCUUUUUCUUUACUUCUUAGUCAUAUUUGAUUAGCACUCAAUUCUCGUCUUUGGCCUCAUAGUUGUUCUUCGUUUUUCUUUCAAGCCACAAAAAGAAUAGGCGAUGGAAGUUCCUUACAAGAGAGUUAUGUCUCUUUACGCUCUCUUUCUUGUUUACUUUGGAAUGGUUGGAAUGCUUUUGUCUGCAGAGCUUCAAAAGUUCAAUCAAGCCGCCAAAGACGACGGAUCUCUGAGCUUUCUGGUCAUCGGGGAUUGGGGUCGAAGGGGCAGUUUCAACCAAUCCGAAGUCGCUUUUCAGAUGGGAAAGGUUGGCGAAAAACUGGACAUCGAUUUUGUAGUUUCGACUGGAGACAAUUUUUAUGACAAUGGAUUAACCAGUGAACAGGACCCAACUUUUGAGGAGUCAUUUUCCAAAAUCUACACUGCAAACAGCCUGCAAAAGCAGUGGUACAGUGUGCUGGGCAACCACGACUACAGGGGCGAUGCAGAGGCCCAACUGAGCCCAUUCCUGAGGAAAGUUGAUAGCAGAUGGCUCUGCUUGAGAUCUUUUGUGGUAAAU